AACGUACUAAAAAAAAAAAAAAAUCAUCCGUCAUCGUCAGCAUUGUUUUUUCAUGUAGUACUGCAAUAAAAAGGAAUUAUAUAGUUGUAAAAAUAAAUCUGCGUUACACAUUACUUGAUAUAUUUUCAGUAUAAAAAGUUUACAAUAUGUGCAAUUAGUUAAUGAAGUGUUCAACUAGUAAGUUUAGAUGUACAGACUCGAUUAUUCAAAUGAAAGAUGUCUUCUCUCUAUGGAUCUACAUACAACAGAACAAAACGAAAGUGACUAGUUGACCGAGCCGUGUGGAUCGGCGAUUUUUUAGUUCCUAGAUUAAACUUCUGCCUAGAAAAUGGCGCAGACCGUGAGGCGCGCUAUCGAGGGCAGAUAUCCUUCUUGUUAUAUACCGAGCAGGAUAAAGGAAAGACGAGCCAAAGCGAGAGCUCUCAGAUUAGAACAACAACGCAAACCUGACAAGCCCGAAGACUUUGUGUGCUACUCGGACAGCGACAGUGAGGAAGAGACUCCAGCACAGCAGCACCGAAUACUUUCGACGUCAUACAACUUUGUUGAUUAUGUGCGCUCGAGGGAAAUCAUGGCACCAGAGCCGCGCUCAGUGGACCCGUCGUACGCGACGCGACACAUGCUGACACACGACAUGUUCCGCGAGACGCCCGUCAACCUGGGCAACAUGAACAAGGUGUUCUGCUCGCAGUGGCUCUCGGACCGACAGGUCGUCUUCGGCACCAAGUGUAACAAGCUGAUGGUGUACGACGUGCGCACGCGGUCGCUGGACGCGAUCCCGACGCUGCGGCCGCGCGCCGCCUGGCCCGGCGCCGACCACCAGACCGGCAUACACGCGCUGCAGAUCAACCCCUCCAGGACGCUGCUGGCGACGGGAGCCCGCAACUCGUGCGAGCUGGCCAUCUACAGCCUGCCCACGCUCGACCCCGUCUGCGUCGGCGAGGCGCACAAGGACUGGAUCCUGGACCUGUGCUGGCUGGACGACGAGUUCGUGGUGACGGGGUCACGUGACUCGCGGCUGGCGCUGUGGCGCGCGCCCGCCGCGCCCGCGCCGCGCCACGCAUACGUCGCGCCGCUAGCCACGCGCGACUGCAAGGCAGGUCAGAAAGUACGCGCGCUAACGUUCAACUCUCGUUGGCGGGAGAUCGCCGCGCUGACCCUCAACGGGUACAUACACGUGUUCAACGCAGAGACCUUCCGCCAGACGCUCUCCCGCAAGCUGCCCUCCUGCCAGGACCUCGUCUGUCUCGCCACGCAGCAAGAGACGGGCGUGUACGCGAUCGGAUGCAAGUCGUACACGCUGCUGCUGGACUGCCGCACGCUGCAGUCCGUGAAGAAGAUCACCUCGCGCUACAAUGGCUGCGGCAUCCGCUCCGCCAGCUUCCGUUCGCACAUGCUCACCAUCGGCACCGGGCUCGGUCUGCUCAUGUUCUACGACUUGAGGGCGGGUAAAUAUUUAGAAAGCAAUAUACAUUCAACGAAAACCGUCACACUGAGAGCUUCCAGAGGCUAUGUAUUCCCCGACGAGGAGGCGGACGGCUUCAACCAGGUGAAGUACGUGCCGGCCAUCUACACGCACUGCUACGACGACAGCGGCACGCGCAUCUUCACCGCCGGCGGCCCGCUGCCCGCGCCGCUCGUCGGCAACUACGCGGGGCUCUGGCAGUGACCCGGGGGACCGGCCUCCCCGCUUGAUAAAAUUAUUUAAAUAUUAUACUUAUAUCGUAUUGCAUCUCGCGGCUUUGCCCACAAACAGGCGACGACGAUCGACGGUUCACCGCCAAUAACUCCUGAAGGGGACAAAAUGCAUUAUUACUGUCACUUAUGGGGUAGAGCUCCUAAAUACCAGCUUGAACCCUUAAUAAAUUUGUAAUAAAUAAAAAAAUAAGUCUUAGGAGACAUUUUGCUACACUGUACGUGUUCUACCGCUUGUACAAUGGACUGUGCUCAGAGGACUUGUUCAAUAUGAUGCCCACGGUCACUUUCCACCACUGUACAUCUCGCCACCGACUAGGAGUUCACUCCAUAGCUUACAGUCAGAAUGAUAGCGUAGAGCGCGGUUUCAGAGAUACUUCUUCCCUGGAAUGCUCUUUUAAUCGAAUGACAAGAGACAACAGGAUGGGGUUCUUCAAAAAAGGGGAAUAGAGGUCAGUAACGCACGCGUAAUAACCCCUUGUAUUACAGGCGUUCAUAGGCUACAGUAACCGCU